AUGGCCACAAAUCUAGACUCUGUACCUAGUCACAUAGUGAAGGAAUUAUCAUCUGAAAGUAAAACAAAGAUUGAUAUUUUAAAUGAAGAAAUAAAUAAAUUAAAUGAUCAUACUUCUCAUGAAAUGGAACGAUUCACGGAAAAAAGAAAUGAUGCUCGACAGCUGAGGGACAAACAAAUGGAAGAAGCAGAUGAAAAUUUAAAAAAACAUGAUGAUUUAAUACAACAAAUUCAAAAUGAAAUGAAAAAACUAGAAACAUUACAGAAGGACCAGCGAGAUUUACAAAAGGAACAUGCUCGUUUAAGCAAUGAUUUCGAAAAAGGCAAAAAUGAAUUACAUGAACAAGAUUUACAUGCAAAAGGUCUUGAAAACGAUCUUCGACAAAACGAAGCAAAACAACAAAAAAUGAAAGAAGACAGAGAAAGAUUACAAGAACAAAUUAAUGAGAUGAUGUACAAAGAAAAAGAAAUGAUCGAUGAACGAAAUAGAUUAGAAUUAUCAUUAAAUGGCCUACAAGAAUUGAUACGACAAGCUCAAGAAGAAUUAAGAGAAAAUGAAUUAAUAUUAGAUAGGGAAAAAGAUGAAUUGGCAAGAAUUGAAAGACAAAUUGAAGACCUGACACAGAAAAUUAAAGAUUUAGAAAACAGGAUUCGAGAAAUCAAUCGAAAUCUUGAACGUUUAAAUGAUGAACAACGCAUAUUAAUGUCGAAUCAGAGUGAUUUAAAAAAACAACAAGCUGAGUUAGAAGCUGUCAUUAUACAAUUAACAAAUUUAUUAAAGGAAAAAGAAGCUGGUUUAGUUCGUUUACAGACUACUAUGGAUGAGUAUAAAAAAAACAUCCAUAAAAUCAAUGAACAAUUAAACACAUUGAGGUAA